UGGCACCCAAAGGACAACAGAACAGCUGAUCCAAUGGCAGAGUUAUUGCGGAAACUCUACUUUGUAAAGAUGUACUGUAACAUAAGCUUACUAUUCAGAGGCUGAGUGGUGCUGGUAAUGCUGUCUCCUUGGAACUGAAGCCAGCCUUUUGUAAUCUAGACUAUCAUCUAGUCUGAUGAAAGAAGAAGGAAGGGCAGAGUCACCCGGGGACAAUGAAAAAGAACCAAGCAACGAUAAAAUAAAAUCUACUGGACUUCAGGAACAAGACUCAACGUUAAAUGUCGUCCCGGAUAACAAUGGCAGUCAAGAAAACCCAGACACACCGAGUAAGACAUCCACAGAGUGCAGCCCUACAGAGUGUAAAUCUUCACUGAUAUCAAAUUCUGGUCCUGCGGCUUCUCCUCAACAACCUAGUAUUCCUUCCCAUGAAACAAAUGUGGUAGAAGAAAGUAGUCAGUUAGUUAAGCAUCCAAGUUCCUCCCCACAGGAAAAUGUGAACUCAAGCUUAGAAUGGACCUUUUAUCCAACGUCUGGUAAUAUUACUUAUUAUACAGGAAAGAAGUGUAUCUUUGAUGGUAUCUACAUGCGAAACAAAACCACCUCAACAGAAAAGACAUUGGAGAUGUGUACAGGAAGGAAGAAAUUUGUGGAUGAAAUUGCUUCCAGAAAUGGCAUUCCAUUGGUGACACCAGGUGACCACCCAUACGCUACUCCAGAGCAAAGUCCAGACUUUCAUAAAACAGGAUCGACAAGAUCACCUGUGUAUUUUGGGAGUGCUGUGUACAAAAAAAAGUCAGAUACAUUCAUACCACUUCAACGCUUGCCAGAAACUCCUAGUGUGCCUUUCCGUAUCAAGGAGAAACAGCAAGAAUUAGAAAGAGAGAAGGCGGAAGUGAGAAACCUGGACUACUGGAAGCCUGCUCCAACUUUGCUGCAUUCUUUUUUUGCAAGCUCACUAAACAGAAGAUUAACUUAUCAAUAAUUUUAGAUAGACCCUUCUUCAUGCUGCAUCUCACAGGGUCUAAAACAUGUAACAAGUUAUUUGUUAUUAACUGCUCCCUCCAUUCCCAAACCCAAUCUGUCAACUCAUUUGCCAACUGUCUUACAUGUGAUCUGCAAUAAAGAUUUUGUGUAGGAAGGA